UGAUCUAAGGCGGUCAUUAGUUGGUGAUGUGUAACAGACCAGCUGCUAGCUGGUCAUAGCAAUUCAGGUUGGUUUUUGUAACAUAACUAGUCAACCAGCUUGUAAUGACUAUCAAAUGAAGAUACCAUCUUAAACUGGAUGUUUUAACCAGGUUAGAGCUGUAGAAAAACUGUGCUGGUUUGUGAAACAUGCUAGUAUUUAAUUGCUGAUCCAAGGUGGUCAUCGGUUGGUGAUCAGUAAUAAACCAGCUGAUAUCUGGUCAUACUUCAGGUUGAUUUUUGGAACAUGGUAACUGGUCAACCAGCUUGUAAUGACCAUCAUAGACCAAUUAGAAUCCAGGUUUCAGGGGAAGGUGUCUUCAAUGACAAACCACGACCAAAGAUGAGGAAGAGUUUUGAUAAUGGCUUCAUUGCUGAAGUUAUUGUACGGCUGCUGCUUUUAGGUCUUUUUCUCAUGACUGAGGAGCUUCCUCCCUUCAGCCGUGAGAUCCAGCCUGAGGAACUCUGGCUCUAUAAGUUCCAUCCUGUCAAAAAGGACCGUGUUCCUACCCGCCUCAUGUUUUCUAUCGCCCUCUUCACUCCAUUGGUGGUUAUUUUUUUAUUUGCCUUGAAACAAGGUGGAAAGGCCGAUGUGAAAGAGGCAUCUUUGGCUGUGACUUUGACCCUGGUGUUAAAUGGAGUUUUCACUAAUGCAAUCAAGCUAGCCGUGGGAAGGCCACGGCCUGAUUUCUUCUACCGCUGUUUUCCGGAUGGCCAAAUGAACCCAGAGCUUCGCUGUAGCGGUGACCCGGAUGUAGUAAUGGAAGGCAGGAAGAGCUUUCCAAGUGGACACUCUUCCUUUGCGUUUGCUGGCCUGGGCUUCACUGCCCUGUACGUGGCUGGAAAGCUGCACUGUUUUAGCCCAGCAGGCCGAGGUAAAGCCUGGAGGUUGUGUGCCUUCCUCACCCCCCUCCUUUUUGCCAUUAUGAUCGCCCUCUCCAGAACAUGUGACUACAAACAUCACUGGCAAGAUGUGUUGGUGGGAUCUCUCCUCGGUUUGGCCUUCUCAUACUUAUGUUACCGACAGCAUUACCCAGCUCUCAACGACCUGGACUGCCACAGACCCCUCCGAAUGAGAGAGGCAGCGGCUCCGGCUCAGGAACGCAAGCAGGCCAACCCAGGCUACCUCUUACCUCUGUAGGAACUCAAAUUCUGCUACAACUUAACCAGACCAACAACCAUAUACUGAGUGAAUGUUUACCAAGCCAGUUGCUGCGAUUAUGUCUAUUUUUUUGUAUGUGUGCCACCUGUGGACCAACGAGUACUUCUCGCUUUUUGCCUUCCUAUACUGUUUUAGACAUUCACAAUAAGUGUAUUGUAGAGCUGUCUUUUUGAAAAUGUCUUUAAAAAUUUGUACCUUAUCAAGCUCUUUGAGGUUUAUAUGUGAAAUAUCCCAGUGAAAGAACUUAAUGUAUGUUAAAACAGCUUCUAGGUCAAUUUUACAACUUAGCAGACAUAUUUAUAGUGAUCUCCUGUAGAGACUGUAUGCAUACAGGAAAUCCUCAAUAAAGUUUGUGAUUUAUAAUGUA